UUUAAGUAUGCUCUCUCUAAUUCUCUCUUUCUUUCUUUCUCUUUCUUUCUCUCUCCCGGAGGACCUGAGCCCUAUGACCAUGCCUCAAGACUGCCUGGCAUGAGGACUCCUUGCUGUCCCCAGUCCACCUGGCCGUGCUGCUGCUCCAGUUUCAACUGUUCUGCCUGCGGCUAUGGAAUCCUGCCCUGUUCACCGGACGUGCUACCUUUCCCAGACCUGCUGUUUUCAACUCUCUAGAGACAGCAGGAGUGGUAGAGAUACUCUUAAUGAUCGGCUAUGAAAAGCCAACUGACAUUUACUCCUGAGGUGCUGACUUGCUGCACCCUCGACAACUACUGUGAUUAUUAUUAUUUGACCAUGCUGGUCAUUUAUGAACAUUUGAACAUCUUGGCCAUGUUCUGUUAUAAUCUCAACCUGGCACAGCCAGAAGAGGACUGGCCACCCCUCAUAGCCUGGUUCCUCUCUAGGUUUCUUCCUAGGUUAUAGCCUGUCCAGGGACUUUCCCUAGCCACCAUGUGUUUUUAGGCUGGGUUUCUGUACAGCACUUUGAGAUAUCAGCUGAUGUACGAAGGGCUAUAUAAAUACAUUUGAUUUGAACACAAUAACUUAUUUUUAAGUACUUCUUAUGAGCUUUUCGAGUUUCAAGUUAUUUAAUUGAAUGUAAGAUAUACAUUUCAGUAUUAUCAACAUCAUUUCAAUAAAACGGUGACGUUUGUUACAUUUCAAAAUAUGUUUAUUCACUUUUUCCAAGGAUUGGACAGUUGGAAUAUGGACACUACCCACAGCGGAUUGCCUUGACAUACACUGUAAAUGCGCGCGCGUCGUCAACUCUGCGCGCGCUGUCAAGUGCCGUCUCCUCCACGAAAGAGAAAACGGUGGUGCGCGCUCUGUCAGCUGGCAAUAACUACUACAGAGUUCAUUGAACACAACAAACUGUAUGAAUGGAUUCAGCUUCCAUAACUCCGAACUUCCGAAGCAUAUUUCUUUUGACAUUUUCGCUUCUGUCUGAAUUGAUGUGUGGAACUGGGACAUCAUCAUGUCGCGCAGGAAACAAGCAAAGCCUCAACAUGUACAGUCGGAUCAUAAUUUGGCUUUAUCGGAACGCAUUGGGGGCACCCAUGACAGUUUAGCGACUCCCCCCAUUUUGGUCUCUUGUACUCAUGUCUGCAGCAGAUGCUGUGCUGCGUUUGUUGAACUAUCAGAUCUGGAACUACAUGUCAGAGAUUGCUCUCCCAAUCAUUUAGUCCUGAUCGUCAAUGAUAAUGAAGAUCCAGUGUCGUCUGCUGAAAUAUUCCAUCUAGCCUUGUCGCCUCGUAAAGCAGUGGAACCAGGCGAAACAGUCAACAACUCUGAAAUGGAGGAGUACGGCGAUCUGUCGGAGGAGAAGUCAGAAGUGAAGGAAGAAUCCAUGAAUGUUUCAAGAACUAACAAUAGCCAUUGCCGGCUAGAUAGCCCCAGUAGCAUCAGUAGCAGCCGGAAAAGCAGUACUGACAGCAAGACUGACAUUGUUUCAUGUACCUCAGUUCUCCCAAUUUCACUACCUCAACCUGGCAGCGAUCUGUUGGAACAUCAGGGGACAUUCUCAUGGUUCAACAGCAAUGUCAUCAUUGAAAACCUAGAAAGCACUAAAGUGGCAGUGGCCCAGUUUCCCCAGCAGAGCCGAUCGGACACUGGAAGCAGUGGCAGCGGUAAGAUGGCUGUCUCUUCUCUGAUGGAACAACUCCUGGCCUUGCAGCUGCAUCAGAUUCACCAGCUGCAGCUGAUUGAUCAGAUUCGUCACCAGGUCUUACUAUUUGCUUCCCAGAGGUCUGAGGUAUCAGAGACACUGACACAAACACCCAUCAGCUGCCCUCAGGUUAGUCUAGCAUCAACGCAGGCCAGCCAGUUGACAACCCUCAGUUCCCAUCUCUCCCAGCAGCUAGCGGCAGCUGCUGGGUUAGCCCAGAGUCUCGCCAGCCAGUCUGCCAGCAUCGGACACUUUAAACGAUUAACAACAAAAGUACAAUUACCACAGAGCCCCUUUGGAAGGAGUAUUGUACACUCUAGCACUGAACCCUUGCAAAGUAUACGUAAACACAUAGCUUCAGCAGUUAGUAAGCCCCACUCUAGAAAGAAGUACACUCAUGCUAGCGGUCUGUACCCUCAACUCAAUUUUUCAGCCCAAACCAUAAGGAACUCACCGGCACUUGGCACAGGUAGCUUGCUAAACCGAUCAAAUACACCACAUCUACCUCAGCCACCACCCAGCAAUCAAACACUCUCUAGCGCUGGACCAAGCAUUGGCACAAUUGUGCAGGACCUGAAUGCCUUAAAGGCGCUGGCCGGACAAAGGAAAGGAAAACCAUCCAAUGUGACUUCUUUCGAACCCAAAAGCUCUUCCAAAGAGGCCUUCUUUAAACAUAAAUGCAGGUUUUGCGCUAAGGUUUUUGGGAGUGACAGUGCCUUACAGAUCCAUUUGCGAUCCCACACUGGGGAGAGGCCAUACAAGUGCAACAUCUGCGGGAAUCGUUUCUCCACCCGUGGGAACUUGAAGGUACACUUCCAGCGGCACAAAGAGAGGUUCCCCCAUACCCAAAUGAACCCUUACCCUGUUCCAGAACACCUGGACAACAUCCCAACCAGCACAGGAAUCCCUUAUGGCAUGUCUAUACCACCAGAAAAAACAGUUACAUGCUGGCAGGAUACUAAACCAUCCCUAGCCACCUUGACUACUUCUGUAGGCCUGUUGCUCCAAACUGGAUCACCCAACUUUCCCUUUCUCAUCAAGAAAGAGGAGCAGCCUGUUUCAAUAACUGCAUAUUCCAGUCCAGUUGUACGUGAUUCAUCUAGUGCAGUAAAGAGCGUAGACUUGAUAGAGGCUGGAAAAGUCCCAAAGUUCCACACCAUGAAUCUGAAAACAGACAACGUUAUACCUCCCUUGACCUUUAGCUCAAAGAUGAGCUCCACAACAGAAAGAUCAGCUGACUAUGUAUCCGUCAAUGUCACUUCCAUCAGCACAAAUCCCAUCAAGUUGGAGCAGUUCAAGACCAAACAUCCCUUCAGAGGAGGAGUCCUUGAUCCCAUGCAGACAUCAGAGACCUUGAAACUCCAGCAGCUGGUUGAGAACAUUGACAAGAAGGUGACAGACCCCAAUGAGUGUGUCAUUUGCAACCGCAAACUCAGUUGUCAGAGUGCCCUCAAGAUGCACUACCGCACCCACACAGGAGAGCGGCCCUUCAGAUGUAAAGUGUGUGGACGGGCGUUCUCCACCAAAGGGAACCUGAAGACGCACCAUGCGGUUCAUCGCACCACACCGCCACUGAGGGUCCACCACUCCUGCCCUAUCUGCCAGAGGAAGUUCACUAACGCUGUUGUCCUUCAGCAGCACAUCCGUAUGCAUAUGGGUUGCCAGAUUCCCAACACCCCUCUUUCUGAACAGAACUACCCAAUGUCAAUGGAGUCUGAUGGAGGUUCAAUAGAUGAGAAGAAAUUAGAAAAGUUGGAGAACCCUUCUGAUGAUUUAGACUUCAAUGACAGUGAGAUCGCAGGCAUGUCUAGGUUUAAUAACUCCUCGUCCGGCAGCAUGUCUUCCUCUCCAUCUGAUAGUACAGGAGCAGGCUCCUCUGAUCCCGAAAGGACAACUAACUAUCAUAAGCCAGUGGAGGAGAAGCAGGUCAACUGGUUUAAGACGAAGGUCUAUGACUCGUCAUCUCUUGGAGGUGAUCGAAGUGGUGGGAGCCUUGCUGUUUCUGAGAAUACCGUUGACAAGCAGUCUCUUUCCCAAAGCAAGGGUGUUCCAGUAUGUUCUAGCCCCACAAGCUUUGAGGAAAUGUACCAGAAAGCUUUAUCCCAGGCACAUAUCAAUCCAAACCUUUUGCAGUUCACUGGCACUGGUCCACUCGUGUCCCUUGACCAUCUAAAAUCUUUAAACCCACUGAAGGAUCCCACUAACAUGGUCUACACUUUCCGUGAACAACUAGGCAUAUUCAAGAACACUGAAUGUGAUAUUUGUGGUAAGACCUUUGCCUGCCAAAGUGCCUUGGACAUCCAUUAUCGAAGCCAUACCAGGGAGAGACCAUUUAUUUGUACAGCUUGCAACAGAGGGUUUUCCACCAAGGGGAACCUCAAGCAGCACAUGCUAACACAUCAGAUGAGGGACCUGCCAUCCAAGUUGUUUGAGCCCACCACUCCCAGCAUUGCCUCAUGCCCCGACAACUCUGUACAUCCUCUGAGCACCCAAAUGAUCAAGACAGAAGUGAACAGAUUCCUGGGUAGUUCCCGCUAUGGGGUACCAAGGGAUCUUCUAGGCAGUUUGCGUUUGAGGACGUCCUCUGCCUCUUCCUCCCCAGCGCUUCCCACUCCGCCACCUCGACGGACUCCCAAGCAGCAUUACUGCCACACUUGUGGGAAAACCUUCUCUUCUUCUAGUGCCCUGCUCCACGAGAGGACUCACACUGGGGAGAAGCCGUUUGCCUGCACUGUCUGUGGUCGGGCAUUCACCACCAAAGGAAAUCUGAAGGUCCACAUGGGAACUCACAUGUGGUGUAGCACCCCCACCAGGCGAGGACGCAGACUGUCUGUGGACGGACCAUUGAUGUUUAUGGGAACUCAUCAUGUGAAGCUACCAGAGCCUCCCCAGAGGCCAGACAUUAGGUCCAGUAAUGGAGACUCCUUUUUUAUCUGGAACCACUGUACAAACUCCUUCUCUAAGAACUUGGCCAUGAGGACCAAUGAUAUCUCAGUCGGAGGUGGGCCUCACCUCUCUGGACCAAUGGGGCAUGGGGCCAGCUCACCCAUAGGGGGCGUAAAUGUUGGUCGGGACAAAUUUCACCAUACAGAACACAAUGCUGCUCUUGCGCUGCCUGGUAAAGAUGAUACCAAAAGAGCGACUCACUUCUGUUUCACUCGUUUGAUAGAAGAGAAGAAGGAAAUUAUUACAAAUUAAAGAGUCUGAAUAUUAUCUUAGGAGGAAAUUAACUGCG